UAUACACUUUUCAGAAAGAGUACUACCUACUAAGUAAAUUAGAAAAAGAAAGAAUAGGAAGAGAGCAAUCUUGAAAGGAAUUGAUGAUAAGUUGGUUGAAACCUAUAGCAAAGAUACACACAUCGUUACACAAUAACAACCACAAAUAGAAAGGCGUGUGAUAAAUCAUGAAGAAAGAGUAGGAGUAAAGUGAUAACCAUGUUAACCACGUUUCUUUUAUUCCCUUUUUACCCCUCUCGACUCACUCUCGCUACUAUUCUUGUGCUUCUGCUUGCGCCGUCCGCCGAUUUUUCCUUGAUUAUCACGUGCAUCAUUCUCCUCACCAAAUUAGUUUAACCAUUUUCUCUUUUUUUUUUUUUUUUUUUUCCCUUUUUAUAAUUUAAUAUCCCAACUCACACCAAAUUGGCAAAUUCCAUUUUCUCUCUCCACCCUUCCUAUAUAUAUAUAAACCACUUUCUUUCCUCUGUCUCAAUAAAACAGAGAAAAUUUGUGAUUUUUUUUAUUAAAACAAAAAAAAAAAAAAUCCAAUGGAGUGGGUUAGAGGUGAAAUUAUAGGAAGAGGAAGUUUUGGUACAGUGAAUUUAGCAAUACCCAAAUCAAAUUCAACCCAAUACGUCGUUAAAUCGGCUCAAGUUUCGAAUUCUUUCUCGCUAAAAAGCGAGAAAGAAAUUCUUUCCGAAUUGAGUAUUAUCAGUCAUCCAAACAUCGUUCGAUGUUUGGGUGAUUCUUUAAGUCUUGAGAGUGGUACCCAAUACUACAACCUUUUCUUAGAGUACGCUAGUAAAGGAAGUUUAGCUGAUCAGCUAAAACUUUCCGGUGGAAAAUUCGAACUCUCCGAAGUCAAAAACUACGCUAAAUCAAUCUUGAAGGGAUUGAGUCAUCUUCAUGAAAGCGGAAUUGUUCAUUGUGAUAUAAAGCUUCAAAAUAUCCUUGUUUUCGAAGACGGUACCGCGAAAAUUGCAGAUUUUGGAUUAGCAAAGAAGGUUUCAAAUGAAGUUGGGGGUAAUCAAUUACGAGGAACACCACUUUACAUGUCGCCGGAAAUUGUCGCCGGCGGGAAGGUUGAGUCGCCGGCGGAUGUUUGGGCACUUGGUUGUGCUGUUGUUGAGAUGGUGACGGGUAAACCGGCGUGGGAUAUUUCGCCGGAAAGUGACGUUAGCGCUUUGCUUUACCGGAUUGCGAUUGGCGGGGAAUCACCGAAGAUUCCCGGGAAUUUAUGCUCUGAAGGAAGAGAUUUUAUUGAAAAGUGUUUUGUUAAAAAUCCCAAUGAGAGAUGGACGGCUCAGAUGUUGUUGGAUCAUCCAUUUGUUUCCGGGUUAAAAGAGGAAGAUCAACGGCCUACGGUGUCUCCUAGAUGCCCAUUUGAGUUCCCGGAUUGGCAAUCGGGUUCGGGUUCGGACUCGGAAUCGGUUUCUUCAUUUGGUUUUUCUGAGGAAUCAUGGUGCCCAACUUGGAGUCCUGUUUCACGUCAAUUGGAAGAGCAAUUGGUUUCUGAUCGGAUACCCAAUUGGGGUGAUUCCAAUGAUUGGAUUAUCGUUAGAUAAUUUUUUUAGUCAACAUUUUAGGACUUUUUUAGGUUUAAUAUUUUGUUAGAACAUGAGCCAUCGAUCAUGUUUUUUUAUUUGAUCGUAUGGCAACAAAUUCUUUCAUUGUUAUAUUGUACAGUAUUCGCUACACUAGUUAAUUGAAAGGAAAAAAAAAAAAAAACACUAGAGUUUCA